UCUCACCGACGUGCGUCACGAGCGUUCCCGCUAUAAAUAUGGCGCCGGCGGUUGGUCGUCGUUUCCGCUUUUGUUUAUGAGCGAGCGGUUGCGCUUCAUACGAGCUGUGUUUGUUUUUAAGUUAACGGCAGUGUUUAGCGUUAACGAAGGCCAGACGAUGGCGGACAAGAUGGAUAUGUCCUUAGACGAUAUCAUCAAGCAAAACAGGCAGCGCGGGGGAGGCGGGAGAGGAGGCGGAGGCCGCGGAGGCACAGGCGGCGGCCGCGGUGCUGGCGCCGGCGGGCGGCUCGGAAAUACAGGCGGAGGCUUUGCAGGCCGCGGCGGGGGAUCGGGCCCCAUGAGGAGCCGCCAGAACCUGAGCCGCGGAAGAAGCAGACCUACGCCGUACAGCAGGCCCAAGCAGCUCCCAGACAAGUGGCAGCAUGACCUGUUUGACAACGGCUACAGUGCGAAUGCUGGAGGUGGUGGUGGAGGCGGCGGCGUCGGUGGAGCGGGCGUGGAAACCGGAGGAAAGCUCCUCGUGUCCAACCUCGACUUCGGCGUGUCCGAUGCAGACAUUCAGGUAGGUGUUACAUUAACUUGUGCAGUGAAGAGUCUUUAAAGGGUUACUCCACCC